UGACGCGGGGUACCACCACUCCAGAUGUGGAAUUCAGAGAGUAAAUUAUUGUUACAUUAUUGAUCCAGAUGCAUCGAAAAUGGCCACUCCACAUCCACUUUUCCUGGCUUAUUUCAUUCAGUUCUUCGUCCAGGCGACGUUGUCAGCAUUUCCACCAAGCCUGAGAUUUCCCAUGAAAGUUUCACACAACAAAAUAACAGAUGUCGUGGCCAUAUGCGAUUCGCAGAAUAUGAACAUCACAGUUACCAUGGCGCAGGCGUUUAAAGGAGUCGCGUUUGCUAAAGAUUUCGCAAACGAAUGUAAAAAUUUUGGUUCCCUGUCAAAUUCCAUAUCCAUAAGUCUGCCUACUUCGGGUUGUGGAAUUCGCCUGUCCUCAGCGUCUGAUCAGAAUGGCCAACCUAGGAUGUACUAUACUGUAGGACUAGUUCUCCAGCAAGAUCGCUAUUUGAAACAAAUAUCCGAUCAAGAAAAAGUAAUAUUAUGCGAGGUCAAAGACGAUGCAUUUUUGGUUAAAAGUCCAUCACUGUUUAAAGCUCUCAAGGGAGAGAUAUCAGAGAAAAAUGUUAACCAUAGGGUUGGUCGUUUGAUGAAUGAAGGAUGGUCCAAAGAUUUAAAUGAGGAAGAAUUGGAACAAGAACUAAAAGAAGCCAUGUCAGCUGCUAGAGCUUGGAUGGAGAUCAUUCCCGAAAGCAAAGUCGAACGUUCCACAUCAACAGUCGAAGUGGGAGAGGCUGUUCUGUUAACAGUUAAAUCGACAUUACCUGCCGGAAUUGGCUGGAAGAUUGUGGAUUGCAUAGCCCACGAUGGACUUGGAGAUUCCUCCCAGAAACUCCUGGAUGAACAAGGCUGUCCUGUUGAUGAAUUAUUGCUUCCAUUGCCCAAAUAUGGCCCUAUCAGACCCAUCGGUUCGAUGAGGCAUCAAGAAGCGAUUGCUAGAUUUGCCGCGUUCAAAUUUCCAGACAGGGACAGGCUGCACUUGCAGUGCAGGUUGCAGAUGUGCAGAGAAGCAUGCAGUAAAAUAGACUGUCAAAACGUAACAGAAUCUUUCGAUAACAGAGUUGGUCGAUCAAGACAGAACAAGGAAGGCGAAAUUCUAGAUAAAUUAGAAGUCUUUAACAGCGUGGAAGUUAUAGCUCCAGAAAUAGACGAUGCCGCAGAGUUUAAGAAAAAGAUCAAAUCAGCCGAUUUCGAUACGUACCCUUUUCCGCAGAUUCCUGGUGAUCGUACUUUCUGUGUGUCAUUCGACAAAAUGGCGAUAGCUUUCUGCAUUUUGGGCAUUAUUUUCUUGGCAGCCAUCAUAGUAGCCGCUUGUUCCUUACUGAAAGCUAGAAGAUCUCAUCAUGGGACACAAUUUUACACCAGGAGCCUGUUCUCAAGCAGCAGUGGGGGAUCAGCUUUUGGAAGCAAAUUACUGAUUCAAGACAGUCCAAUUUUCGGACAGUCUUCGUCUUCUACUUCUAACAGGAUGCAAUAUGGAAGGAUCCUAUAAACUCUCCGACUUUUUCUAAGACUGAAUAUUAUUAGCUUAAGUUCCAUUUCAUUUAUUUUUAGAAUUUCUAAAUUGAAACAUUUCUUUAAUACAGGGUGGUCCGAAUUGUAU